AUGGAAAUAGACCAUUACCAUCAGAAGAGCGACACCGAUAACAAUCUCGGCGAUUCGACAAUCGUGUCAAAGUACAGAAGUGCUGCAGAGAUCGUCAGUGCCAUACUCCCUGAAAUCAUUAGCAAGUUGGUUCCAGGAGCAUCAGUUGCCGAACUUUGCAAAUAUGGUGACCAACUUGUCUUCUUGCACACGUCCAAGGUCUACAAUAAAAAACCAGUGGAAAAAGGUAUAGCACUGCCGACGACGAUUUGCAUAAAUCAUUAUCUGCAAUAUGUUUCUCCCCUGCCUGGUGAAGGUGAUGUAAUUCUUCAACACGGAGAUUUGGUUAAAGUGGAAUUGGGCGUUCACAUUGACGGAUACAUCGCCAGUGCAGCCCACACCACGAUAUUGAAUCCAAAUUUGCAACAACCGGUAACUGGGCGUUCCGCCGAUGUUGUCGCGGCUGCACACUUUGGCUCCGAAGUUGCAUUGAAACUUCUCAAACCUGGUAACAAGGGAUCAGAUAUAGUCAACGCCGUAUCUCAGGUGGCCGCUGCUUUCAAGUGUACCCCGGUGGAAGGAUCAAUUGUUCAGCAAAUUCGUCGAUAUGUUCUUCACGCGGAAAAAUCCGUUAUCUUGAAUCAAACUGACGACUUGCUGAAUAAUGAUUUCGUGAUAGAGCCGAACGAGGCUUACAUGGUUAACGUGCUCAUGAGCAGUGGAGAAGGAUUGGUUCGAGAAUCCGAGGUGAAACCGACCAUCUAUCAGAGAAACGUUAACGAAUCUUAUAAUUUGAAAUUGAAGGCCGCCAGAUCGGUCUUCAAAAAGAUAACCGACACCUACAGCGUGUUCCCUUUCUCCACAAAUUCCUUAGAGGGUACCCGAGAUCGGCUUGGGAUUCCCGAAUGUGUCAACCACGGAUUACUAAGGCCAUAUUAUGUUUUAUUGGAGAAAACUGGACAAGCGGUUGUGGCCCAGUUCAAAUUCACCGUGCUCAUUCCACAAAAUAAUCAUAAACCUGUGUGCAUCACUCCUCCCAACCCUUUGCCGUAUGUUUAUUCCGAAUUAUCCAUUCCACCCGAAUUAGAUGUUGCCAAACUAUUAGCCGACGAGAUCAGAUCCGCCAAAGGGAAACCCGAGUGA